AUGAUCCCUUCAAGAGUAUUGUUAGCCCAAGCCAAGAAUGUCAAGCCAAAAAUGAAGUAUCCAGUAGAGAUGACUCCAUUGUUUGUUGCUGUUGGAAUUGCUUGUGUUUCUGCAACCUUCUUCACAUACAGACAUCUUGCCAAUGACAAAGAAUUGAGGUUAUGGAAAAACGCAAACUUAUCAGAGUUGGACAAAGUUUUGGAUGAAGCUGAAGCAGGAAAGAAGUAA